AGGUAGUGAAAGCUCUCAUGAAGUUUCGUAAGUUGUAGGCUCUUCAAAAGCACAUCGCACUGAUCGAGAAAUAAUGGAAAGGAAGAGGGACAUACAUAUGACGUUCUUUUACCUUGAAAAGGCCUACAACAAAGUCCCGAGAGAUAUCCUUUAGAGAUGCCCCGAGGCUAGAGGGACAACUUCCUCAGCCUUCCAUGCAUACAAGUCAGACUGGUGGAGAAAUAAUGGAAAUGAAGAGGGACAUACAUAUGAUGUUCUUUUACCUUGAAAAGGCCUAUGACAAAGUCAUCCCGAGAGAUGUCCUCUAGAGAUGCCCGGAUGGCUUGUAUAAUUUUCAAGAGAAAACAGUUUCUCCUUGUGAGUAGGUUGAAUCUCAUGCUCGUUUAGCCUCAAUAAAGGCAAAAUGCGUCCCAAACUUAACAAGCAUGAGAUUCAACUUACUCAGAGGAGAAACUGUUUUUUCUUAAGAAGCACAUAAAGUUUCUUUCUUAGUGGAAAAUGACUGCAUAAGCCUACUUCUCCAUUGCAGGGACAACUUCCUCAGCCUUCCAUGCAUACAAGUCAGACUGGUGGAGAAAUAAUGGAAAGGAAGAGGGACAUACAUAUGAUGUUCUUUUACCUUGAAAAGGCCUAUGACAAAGUCGUCCCGAGAGAUGUCCUCUAGAGAUGCCCCGAUGGCUUGUAUGAUUUUCAAGAGAAAACAGUUUUUCCUUGUGAGUAGGUUGAAUCUCAUGCUCGUUUAGCCGCAAUAAAGGCAAAAUGCGUCCCAAACUUAACAAACAUGAGAUUCACCUUACUCAGAGGAGAAACUGCUUUUGCUUAAGAAGCACAUAAAGUUUCUUUCUUAGUGGAAAAUGACUGCAUAAGCCUACUUUUCCGUUGCAGGGACAACUUCCUCAGCCUUCCAUGCAUACAAGUCAGACUGAUCGAGAAAUAAUGGAAAGGAAGAGGGACAUACAUAUGAUGUUCUUUUACCUUGAAAAGGCCUAUGACAAAGUCGUCCCGAGAGAUGUCCUCUAGAGAUGCCCGGAUGGCUUGUAUAAUUUUCAAGAGAAAACAGUUUCUCCUUGUGAGUAGGUUGAAUCUCAUGCUCGUUUAGCCGCAAUAAAGACAAAAUGCGUCCCAAACUUAACAAGCAUGAGAUUCAACUUACUCAGAGGAGAAACUGUUUUUGCUUAAGAAGCACAUAAAGUUUCUUUCUUAGUGGAAAAUGACCGCAUAAGCCUACUUUUCCAUUGCAGGGACAACUUCCUCAGCCUUCCAUGCAUACAAGUCAGACUGGUGGAGAAAUAAUGGAAAGGAAGAGGGACAUACAUAUGAUGUUUUUUACCUUGAAAAGGCCUACGACAAAGUCUUGAAAGAUGUCCUCUAGAGAUGCCCGGAGGCUAGAGGGACAACUUCCUCAGCCUUCCAUGCAUACAAGUCAGACUGAUCGAGAAAUAAUGGAAAGGAAGAGGGACAUACAUAUGAUGUUUUUUACCUUGAAAAGGCCUAUGACAAAGUCGUCCCGAGAGAUGUCCUCUAGAGAUGCCCGGAUGGCUUGGACAACUUCCUCAGCCUUCCAUGCAUACAAGUCAGCACCUUUAGGUUCUGCCGUUCAGACAGGAAAUGCAAAUGGAGGUGACUGGCAGGAAGAGGUUUACGAAAAGAUCAAGUCUAUGAAGGAGAUGUAUUUUUCAAAGCUCAAUGAUCUAUACCAAAAAAUUACUUAUAAAGUGCAACAGCAGGAGUCUCUUCAUCAGCGUCUUCAAAAUGAGCAAAUUGAAAAGCUCAAGAUGUUCAAGAUGUCGUUGGAACGCAUUCUGCGUUUCAUGGGGCUUAACAAGCAUGAUAUUCAACCUGCUGACAAAGAGAAAUUGCUUCUGGUUGAGAAGCAAAUAGAUUUCUUUCUCAGUCCCAAUAAGCCGCGAAAGCCUACUUCUUCUCCAGUGCAGGAGCAACUUCCUCAGUUUUCCAUGCAGCUUCAGCAACCACAAUCUCUUGAUGGUCAAACUAAUCCAUCGAUGCAACCCGUACAGGGUUCCAUGGUAGCAAUGCCGCAGAAUAAUCUCACCAACUUGCAACAGUCACUUCCUAAGCAGCAUGAGCAGCAAAUGUUGCAGAACCAGCAAUUAAGACAGCAGUACCGCCAUCAGCAAAUGCUGCAGCAACUCUUUCAAAGAAAGCAGUUAAUGCAACAGCAGCAAGCAAAGCAACCCAUACGGGGUUCCAUGGAAGCACCUUUAGAUUCUACAUCUCAGAAGGGACACUCAAAUGGAGCUGAUUGGCAGGAAGAGGUUUACCAAAAGAUCAAGUCUAUGAAGGAGAUAUAUUAUUCAGAGCUCAAUGAUAUAUACCAGAAAAUUGCUUAUAAAGUACCACAGGAGUCUCUUCGUCAGCGUCUUCAAAAUGAGCAAAUUGAAAAGCUCAAGAUGUUCAAGAUGUCGUUGGAACGCAUUCUGCGUUUCAUGGGGCUUAACAAGCAUGAUAUUCAACCUGCUGACAAAGAGAAAUUGCUUCUGGUUGAGAAGCAAAUAGAUUUCUUUCUCAGUCCCAAUAAGCCGCGAAAGCCUACUUCUUCUCCAGUGCAGGAGCAACUUCCUCAGUUUUCCAUGCAGCUUCAGCAACCACAAUCUCUUGAUGGUCAAACUAAUCCAUCGAUGCAACCCGUACAGGGUUCCAUGGUAGCAAUGCCGCAGAAUAAUCUCACCAACUUGCAACAGUCACUUCCUAAGCUGCACAAGCAGCAAAUGUUGCAGAACCAGCAAUUAAGACAGCAGCACCACCAUCGGCAGAUGCAGCGGCAAGCUUUUCAAAGGUGGCAGUUAAUGCAACAGCAGCAAGCAAAGCAACAGCAGACCACGCUAUUGUCACAGCUUCAACAGUCUUCCAUGCAGCUUCAGCAACCACGUUCUUAUGAUGGUCGAAACUAAUCCACAGACAGGAUUCCAUGGAAGGCAAAGCAACAAAACAAUCUCACCAUCUUGCAACGUAGUUGUUUGGAUAAUUCAAUUGUUUAUGUAUGGUCCUGAACUCACUGCACCCUUCCCUAGAUUAUGUAAAGUACUGCAAUUAUUCUGAUAAAUUACUUAAAUUUUAUGUGGGAAGGGAGAGCCUUGAAGUAACUGGCACAGUUGUUUCAUGCAAUUAUUCUUGUAAAUUGCUUAAAUUUUAGGGAAAAACUACACAAAACA